AUGGGCAACCCAGCGAUAAAUCUCAACUCCCGCAAUAGAAGGGUAGGGAUUGGAGCGCUCGCUGCUACCUUUUUCCUUUGCUACUUCUCCUGGUCCAAUAUAUUUCACUCUUAUCACUACCCUUCAGUACCUCAUCCAACUACAUCAUCUCCAGGUUUUUUGCCUAUCGAAGAUGCUCUGAAAUUUUGCGAAAAUCGGCGAUGGGAGAUAUGGCGACACCGCUCGAGGCGACGCAAGGUUUACGAUCUCAUUCUCGUCAACACCGAAAUAGACUGGCUUGAAAUCCGUUUAGGACAAAUGUACGACCAGGUUGACUACUUUGUCAUCCUCGAAGCAAACUUGACCUUCCAGGAUACACCUAAGCCUCUCUUCGUGCAAGAGAGUUGGGACCGCUAUGAGAAAUACCAUAGCAAGAUGAUUCGCCAUACACUCAACAUUAAGGGCGUCAAGUUUGAGAAUACCUGGGAUCGCGAGAAGUUCUCCAGAAAUGCUAUGUACGAUCAAGUCGUCCCUUAUCUCAAAGGGCGGCAAGCACCCAACAUGGGCGACGUCAUUCUCGUCUCAGACGUCGAUGAGAUACCCCGGCCCUCCACCCUUACAGCAUUACGCAAUUGCAAAUUCCCGAAAAAGCUAUCCCUUCACAGCGAUAUGUACUACUAUGGCUUCCAAUGGCGCAAGCGGGGAGACUGGGCAUUCCCGCAGGCGACAUACUACGACGGAAAUAACACGGUUCGGCCAGACGACCUCCGCGGGACCGCCGACUCGCACUUAUACAGAGCAGCGUGGCACUGCAGCUAUUGCUUCUCGACCAUUGGCGAAUUUGUUAAGAAGCUCAACAGUUUUUCGCAUGCCGAGCUAAACCGCGAUACUUUCAAGGACACCCAGCAGAUAUUGCAGCAUGUGAGGGAUGGGAUUGACUUAUAUAACCGGGAAGGAGAACAAUACGAUCGUAUUGAGAACAAUUCUGAUGUGCCAGAAUUCUUGAAGGAGAACAAGGAAAAAUACCUUUAUAUGUUUGAUCGGGAUCCCGAGAACGCGAACUUCGUGGAUUUGCAAUAUUUGGAAGAAUCCACUGACAUUGAGACAACUACUGGCAGCUGA